UCAAAUUCGAUCAACAUCGAAAGAUCACCACUCUCGCAGCUCCGACGACGGCGAAAAGGAGGAGAAAGAUCAUACAGUUUUUUUUCCUUACGUUCGAUUUAAACUCUAUAGAAGAUGGUGAAAUCCUCUGAUUUCAAAGCAGUUCACAGAUUUAUUCAGUUGCACUACACUCGAGUCGUAAACCCCGUCACAGUUAGCCGCUCAAAGCUCUUCGUUUCGUCGUCUCCGGCGGCUUUUCCGUCAAAUGGGUUUACUCAGUUUCAUCCUAAAUCCAGUUUCCACAACUUUUCGUCGAUACCCACUACGAAAAGCCUCAGCUUUUACCAGAUUUGCGGACUAGCCUCGGCCAAGCCCGGCGUUAAAAACGUGAACUUUGCAUCGGCGUUGAGGCUGUUUUCCACCUCUGGGUUUCGUAAAGUCGACGGGAGUUUCGCGAGAAAGGUUGUUGAGAAGCCGAUGAAAGCUGUUAGUUCGAGUGUUGGUAGAUACCGAGUGGCGUUAGGGUUGCACGUUGAUGCGUUUUGGAAGAAGAAUAGCCUUGUGGUGUUUGGAGCAGGAGGUGUGUUCGUUUGUAUUUUCCUGUGGAGGAUCAUGUUUGGGAUUGCUAGCACUUUCGUUGGUCUCUCUGAGGGUAUGGCGAAGUAUGGCUUCCUUGCUCUCUCCUCUGCCAUUGUCGCUUUUGCUGGUUUAUACCUUCGAGCAAGGUUCACGAUAAAUCCUGAUAAAGUGUAUAGGAUUGCCAUGAGGAAGCUCAACACAGCGGCUAAUAUUCUUGAAGUUAUGGGUGCUCCUCUGACAGGAUCAGAUUUACGUGCUUAUGUGAUGUCAGGUGGUGGCAUUACAUUAAAAAAGUUUAAGCCAACAAUUAGGAGCAAGCGUUGCUUUCUUCUGUUCCCGGUUCAAGGUGCUGAGAGAAAGGGACUCGUUAGUGUUGAAGUCAAGAAGAAGAAAGGACAGUAUGACAUGAAGCUACUGGCAGUGGAUAUACCAAUGGCGUCUGGUCCUGAUCAACGUUUGUUCCUUAUCGGUGAUGAAGAAGAGUACAGAGUUGGUGGUGGUUUGAUAUCUGAGUUGAGAGAUCCUGUGGUGAAAGCAAUGGCAGCAGCUAAGGAGUUUGAUAAUCUUGACAGAAUUGAAGACGAAGAAGACGAGGAAAGAGAACUUCAAGAAGCUGAAAGGAAGCAACGCGAAGAAACCGAGAAGCUUGAAAAAGAUAGCUCUUAGUCGCUUUGUUAAAAUCUUCAGUGGAUAUAAACAGAAUACUAUGUUACUGCUUUUGGUUUGUGUCUUACGUAAACCGGUUUUUGGCUUGAGGGAAGAGAAAGUUUCUGUCUUUCCGGUUAGUUUCUAUUUAAGCAUAAAAUAAAAUGUUAAAAGUGACCAAUGCAGAAUCCAAAAGGUCAAGGCUGUAUGAGACUAUCACAUCUAUGUUGUCUAUUUUACAAAAUUAGCAAUUGGUUA